AUGCGGCAUAGCACGGAAGCUCCUUUCCCGUAUUUAGACUUCCUUAGCGGACCCAAGCCCGGAGAAUGCCAGACUAUGCAUGGAACUAGAAGGUUUUUGCUUCUGUCCACGCGUUAUCAUGAUCCUUCGAGACUGCUAAAAAGAUUCUCCCGUCGCACACAAUACCCACUGCUUGUACCCUGCCCAGGUGUGGCUGAUUCACGGCAAAUUUGUUUCCAUUACCUAUUUGGGCGUGUGGGCAGCUCGAUCGGGGAACAUAGCAACGAUGGUAUCGUGGCGGCCGGAAACGAGGUUGGAAUGGUUUUUCUUUGGCACUACGACAGUUCAGGCUAUUACGAAUAUUACGAUACAGACAGUUAUUCUGGUCACAUACUUGAAUUGGGUAAACUCGGUUGCAUACCAGGUUCCAAUAUCCUAUGUCAUCCCUUUGACCUUGUGUGUCAAUUCAUUAGGAUGUCUCUUCCAGAUCAUCUUGACACUUGACGCAUACCGAAUCAAGAACCACAUCCAAGUGUUCGUUCAAUGCGCCGCCAACAUAUGUCUCUCGAUCUCGACGGUACUUCAAUAUGGCGAGACCAGGCAUGCAGUAGGGAGGAUUCUCAUUAAUCACGACAUGUACGGCACUCCCUUUGCAGAUGUCGAUUGGCCUUUCUGGAAGAAGACCUCACCUGGCUUGAUGGUCUGUACCGUGGUCACAUGUGUCAGCAGUGCAAUUAUGUGCUGGUUAGCGAGGGGCCUAUAUCGUGAGUUCUCUUGGGCUUUAUACCAGCAUGUCAGCCCUGACAAGAAGAUACAAACCAAAUACGCUGUCUACCAGAUUUACCUCGUCCUUCUCAAGUUCACACCCUACUUCGUCUUCGCGUUCAUAAUCUUCUACGAUUUCAUCGACGUCCAUUUCCAAGAGCCCGAGUUCUCAUUGACGAUCUCAAUCAUCCCUGCUACUCUUAUACAUGUGGCUAUCGCGGUAUAUUUUGUCAGGCAUGAGCGUCGCAUUGGUAUGGCGUUUGUUUUGCUUCUCCAUGCCGCAAACAUCGCAUACCUGAUUAGCAGACUCAUCGUUCUCUAUGGGAACUCAUUACUUGCUGAGACCCUAUUAAAGGAUGAGAUGGUUUUCUACCUCUGCGUAGGGGUGGUCUUUUCGACGAGUGCACUCCUGGCCGGCUGCGUUUGCUUUUAUAACUUCAAGAAGGGGCUCCGGCCAAUUCUGCUGGGCCAGGUGCAACGCAAGCCUCGGGCACAUGAGCUUGAAGACGACUAUUAUGUACAGCGUUUGAACUACAACGUGGUGCCAUCGGCGGACCGAGAUUCGCAAAGAUUUGCGUUGGAUUAAAGAGUAAUGCGUUUAAUAUGGGAUAGGAGGAGUCUGCUCGCACAUAUAGAGUUGAUGAUAGAGCCUACCGGACAAGUCCAGGUUACAUAAUGAUAAUGUCAUACUAGCGCGUCCCGAGUACGAUUGUCCAAUAUGGUCUCAGCUGUUGGCACGCUUGCGCGCUCUCAAUAUUGAGGUGAAAGC